CUGCCAUGUUGUCACCCCCUCCCCUAUCUGUCUCCCCAUCUCUCUACAGCCUCUCUCCUCCACUCACUGCCCAUACUGUAUUAUCCUCGUUGCUUUCUGAUUGUGCUGCCUCUGGAUACACUGUUGGAUUUUUUCUGCUAAGCUUGCCGUGUGCCGGCGGCUCCUCGGGGACCAAACUAAAGGAUGGUCAGUCAGCAGAAGUGUUGGGAAGCCUUUCUUAUUCCGCUGCCAACCUUUUAAUCGCUCUGGGGAGAAAUAAACCUCGCUGACAGUGAAAUUAGUUCACAUCUUCAUUUCCUUUUUUUUCUUCUUCUCUUUCUGCUCUUUCUCCCUUCUCCAAUAUGCAAUCACUGUGCGCGGAUGGAGGUGACGUUCUUCAAAAUUGAUGCCAAACACUAAACAGUGCAAUCUGCGUGUUGAAGUUUGACUGCGCAUCGUCUUGUGUGGAAUGGGCUAUGGAAUGUGCUACAGCUUUGCAAUGAGACGUCUGUGGGUCCGUGUCUUGCUUGUGAGCAUCACCUGCCGUCUGAGCCUCUCUCAGGAUGUAACUGGAACUCCUAAAGAGGCCGAAUUAAAUGACAACAUUACCAUCUUCACACGCAUCCUGGACGGACUGCUGGAUGGUUAUGACAACAGACUCCGCCCUGGACUGGGAGAAAAGGUGACAGAGAUCAAAACCAACAUCUUUGUCACAAGCUUCGGUCCAGUCUCUGACACUGAAAUGGAAUACACUAUUGAUGUGUUCUUCCGUCAAAGCUGGAAAGAUGAAAGACUUUGCUUUAAAGGCCCGAUGGAGAUGCUUCCCUUGAAUAAUCUUCUGGCCAGUAACAUCUGGACUCCGGACACCUUCUUCCUCAAUGGGAAGAAAUCCAUCGCUCAUAAUAUGACUACCCCUAACAAGCUACUGCGGCUGAAAGAUGAUGGGACUCUGCUGUACACCAUGAGGCUGACUAUAUCAGCAGAAUGUCCCAUGCAACUGGAGGAUUUCCCAAUGGACGCCCAUGCUUGUCCCCUGAAAUUUGGAAGCUAUGCGUAUCCAGUCUCAGAGGUGGUUUACACGUGGACUCAGGGAGCAGCCAAGUCAGUGGUUGUGGCAGAGGAAGGCUCUCGGCUCAAUCAGUAUCACCUGAUUGAUCAGACUGCAGGAACAGAGGACAUCUAUACCAGCCGAGGUCAGUACACCGUGAUGAUGGCACACUUUUACCUGAAAAGGAAGAUCGGCUACUUUGUCAUCCAGACCUACAUGCCUUGCUUCAUGACUGUAAUCCUGUCACAGGUUUCCUUUUGGCUCAACCGGGAGUCCGUCCCAGCUCGGACCGUCUUUGGUGUGACCACUGUACUCACUAUGACCACUCUCAGCAUCAGUGCUCGAAACUCACUGCCUAAAGUGGCUUACGCUACUGCCAUGGACUGGUUCAUCGCAGUGUGCUAUGCUUUCGUCUUCUCAGCCCUCAUUGAGUUUGCCACAGUUAACUACUUCACCAAGAGGAGCUGGGCCUGGGAUGGAAAAAAGGCGAUGGAGGCGCAACAGCCCAAGAAGAAGGACCCUUUGGCUCUGUCUAAAAAGCCAAACAACACCUGUUCGGCCGGUAUGAAUUAUACAACCAACCUUACAAAGGACACAUCCAUCUCUACCAUCUCUAAUAGCACGGCUGUACAGCUCAAACCCUCUGAAACCAAGGCCCCAGACCCCAAAAAGACUUACAACAGCGUGAGCAAGAUUGACAAGAUGUCCAGGAUAGUGUUCCCGGUGCUGUUUGGGACCUUCAACCUGGUGUACUGGGCCACGUAUCUCAAUAGGGAACCAGUGAUCAAAGGAGCUGUGUAAGCUCAACGAUCAGAUUCAUUCAUCCUCCUGAAAACCACUUCACGAUUCAUAACUGGAACGCAAUCAAAAUCAAUGCCAAGCACUUAGUCCUAGUAUCAUAGAUAUGUUUUUUUUUAGGUCACUGGAUUACAUUGCAUGUCUAUUGCUUCAGGAAAAUGUUGCCAUGUUUGCCUUGAGUUUGUACAUGUAAGAUAUACAACUUUUUCUUAAAGACAGUUUCAUUCAUCUCAUUUUAGAACUCCAGUUACUGAUUAGUUUCUGCCAAAUUCUUUAAUUUAAAAUUUUUUAGCAUUUGGCAUUUAUAUUUUCUUCUUGAGUCUACAGUAGAUGAUGGUACAGCAAGGCCAAAUGCUAUGCAAAACAACAUUUUUACUGUUAUUACUCAAAAGCGGCUUUUACCUUUAUAACUCUUACUUUGUACAAAUGGGCUGGAGGUCCAGGUAUGCGAGGCUGGGCCCAGGCCCAUGGAACUUUGCUUCCUUGUUAUAAGCAGAUGAAUAGCCAUGCUAAAUGUGUUGCCUUCAGAGUGUGAUAACUCAUCAUGAAUGCACUGAAAUCUCCUGCAAUUACAUUUUCAGAAGCCAUUUUUCCAACUUUCAUUAAAUAAUUGACUCUUUUUGUUCAUUUUUUGCUACUUUUUUCUCAAUUUUGAAUGGCCAGUUUUCCAUAAAUGGGGACAGAUUUCAAGCUAAAGUGAUAGUGGCAGCUUCUGUUUCCAGGUCCCCAUGUUGAGAAUCCUGUAUGUAUGUGUGUACGUAGUUUAAGGAACAUGUAUAUAUGCCCUGCUUUUAGAAAACCACCACUAAGCCAGUAAGGUUAGCUUCUAUGUUAUGCAUAUACAGCAACACAGUGUUACUCUAUCUAGCGCUUCAUUGACUGGAUAUUGAGAAAUGAGUAGAAUAGCUUGAGCUUUAGCAAUUUUGACAGAAUAUACAAUGCUUUUUUAAAACAUUUUGUUUUUUAGAUCAGUUUGUUGUUUCUAUAAGCUUCGACGAUACCUUGCAAAUAUUCUUGAUAAAUAUUUGGAUGCUUUAAGCAAGAUCACUUUUUUGUCAUAAUUUAGAGUAACUGCUGUAGUUAAGGGAGUGACUUGAGCUCAUUGAGUUAUCAGGCUAAUCUAAGAGACAGAAAGUCACCAUGACCAAGUCAUUGCAUUAUGACCAUUAUUAUUUUACAAUCAUGAUUUGUUAUGUUUAUUGUUUCAGGCGAUUUGUCAUUAAAUGUUAUCUUAAAGGAAUAGUUUGACAUUUUGCAAAAUCUAAAUAUUUACAUUCUUGUUGUAAGUUCGAUGAGAAGAUUGAUUUUACGCUUAUGUCUGUACAGUAAAUAUGAAGCUACCACCAGCAACUGGUUAGCGUAGCUUAGCACAAAGACUGGAAACAGGUAAUUCUAUUAAAGGAAUAUUGGGAAAUAUACUUAUUUGCUUCUUUGACAAGGCUUAGAUAAGAAGAUUGAUACCACUCUCUUGUCUAACACUAGAUAUGGAAGUACAGACAGAAGACAGUUAGCUUAGGUUAGCAUAAAGACUGAAAACAGGAAAACAACUAGCCUGCCUCUCAAAAGGAAAGUGAUGAUAGCGUACUUUACUAUCUUUUUUAUAAAAAAAAGUCUUGUUUAAUUUAAAAGUAGUUUACUCUCAGAUUUUAUCCGAAUAGUGCACAAGGUGAAAUGUCACUCUCUGCCACAAUGUUUUGAUUAUGGUUUACUUUGUCAGGUUAUUCAUUAAUAUUAUCCGUGAUUUCAUGGUAGCUUUUCUAAAGAACUGCGAUGCAUGUUACAAAGUUUGUAGGCAUUUUUUUUGCAAUGAAAUUGCUGGAAAAAACUACAUUCCAUUUGUAUAAUUCAUUCAAAAUCAAGCAAGUCGCUGCACCCAGCCAAGAAAAGGUCCAGCAGAUAACCCUCCAUAAGACCCACUACUCAUUUUUACAUUACAGUUUUUGAACAGUUUUGACAUCCAAGGCUUAGGGUUAGUGUUAGUCAUUAAUUACAGUAGUGAGCUUUAGAGGUGCUAGGCGGUAGAUUUCUGACCUUCAGACAGUCAGGAUAGCUGUUUCCCUCUGCUUCCAGUCUUUAUGCUAUGCUUAGCUAUAGCUUACUGUCUCCUGGCAGAAAUAGCUUCAUAUUUACUGUACAGACAUGGGAGUGGCCUGAAUCUUCUCUCCCCUUUAGACCAGCUUUUUACAUGAUACUGUGGAGGCUGCAUAAACUACACUCACUUCAGCAGAGUAGGUUUUUGCAGUCUUCACAGUUCUCCCAUAAAGGAACACAGAAUGUGAGCCUGUUGUCUGUUUGGGUAAAGGAUUAAAAUAUGAAUGUGAUGUACUCAUGUGACUUUAUGCCUUCUGUGUAGCCUGUCACUAUUUAGUAAGUUUAUUAUGGAGCACACCAGUUGUAUUGUAUUAUUACAUUUAAGUGAAUUAAGGUACAAGCUGUUCUUUAAAUGCAAAUAUCUGAAGCAAUAAAUAAUGCUAGAUACUGACUUCUGUUUAUGGUUAUAGGUGAUCAUCUGAUGUUCAUUUUGUUGUCUUUUUAUCCAGAGUUAAACCUUUUGGUAAUAGUCUUUUUCUAUAUGUGGCUAUACUCUAUUAUUAAUUUUAGCUGACCCCUUCCCUCUUCGGAAGCACAGUGCUCUCUGACGAUGUUUAAUGUAUUUAUUUGUAUUUAUUUACUUUCUUUUAUUUAAAUUGUGUUUUUUUUGUAAAAGACAUGUGCAGGUGACCAAUGUAAGGAUCUGGGCCACUCUUUUUUUUUUUCUUAAUUGUUAUGCAUACCUGAUUCCAAAUAAAGCUUCACUGACUCCA